GUAAGUGUAAACAAGCUCCAUGAAACCAUUUCACCUGCCAUAUUGUAGCUAGUAUAACCUUAUCCUUCACUUAGACUGUCAAAAAUGACACGGUUCCGGCCCUGCAUCGACCUCCACGCCGGCCAAGUAAAGCAAAUAGUGGGCGGGACUCUGGACAGCAAAACGGCCUCAUUACAGACAAACUAUGUCUCCCCACAUCCUCCAGCAUAUUUCGCCCGUCUGUACAGGGAUAACUCCCUCACCGGCGCCCAUGUCAUCAUGCUCGGUCCCGGCAACCGGGACGCGGCCAUGGAGGCGCUAGCCGCUUGGCCAGGGGGGUUGCAGGUCGGCGGUGGGAUCAACGACAGCAAUGCGAAAGAAUGGAUUGACGCCGGCGCCGAAAAGGUCAUCAUCACCUCCUUUCUCUUCCCCUCAGGAACUUUCUCCCAGUCCCGUCUGGACGCCGUGCUCGCAGCGCUCGGCGGGGACAAGAGCAAGCUUGUGAUUGACCUCAGCUGCCGGAGGAUCAGCGACGACGCUGGCCAGGACAAGUGGUUCGUGGCCAUGGACAAAUGGCAGACCAUAACCGAUAUGGAAGUCUGUCAAGAAUCAAUCAAACGCUUAGAGCCCUAUUGCUCCGAGUUCCUCAUCCACGCCGCCGACAACGAGGGCCUACAGCGGGGUAUUGACGAGGUGCUCGUGCAGCGGCUGGCCCAGUGGUGCAGCAUCCCCGUCACGUACGCCGGCGGCGGGCGGAACCUGGAUGACCUCGAAACGGUAAAGCGCUUGAGCGGCGGCAAGGUGGAUUUGACGAUUGGAAGCGCCCUCGACUGUUUCGGCGGGAGUGGUGUUAGGCUAGCAGAUUGUGUUGAGUGGAACCGGCACCAGGAGAGCAGUUAAAAUAGAAAACA